UCAGCCAAGCACAUUCACCAUGAACAAACACAUUCUAAUAGCAGGUCUCUGUCUUUGCCUUGGUAGUUUGGUGUCAACCACCAGACUGGUGUGUUAUUUCACUAACUGGUCCCAGUACAGACCUGGCAAUGGGAAAUAUAUGCCAUCAAAUGUUGAUCCACUGCUGUGUACCCACCUGAUCUACGCCUUUGCUGGUAUUAACGAGGCAAAUGAGUUGGCCACCAUAGAAUGGAACGAUGAGGAACUCUAUAAAUCAUUUAAUGGACUCAAACAGAGGAAUCCAAAUCUUAAAACACUGUUGGCAGUUGGCGGCUGGAACUUUGGAACGCAAAAAUUUACUAGGAUGGUGUCAACACAAGCGAACAGGAAUACAUUUAUCCAGUCGUCUAUCAAACUACUGAGAAAAUUUAGUUUCGAUGGACUGGACCUGGACUGGGAAUAUCCGGCUGCAAGAGGAAGCCCUCUGGAGGACAAGCAGAGAUUCACUGUGUUAUGCAAGGAACUCCUUGAGGCCUAUGAGGCUGAAAGCACGGCAACUGGCAAACCAAGAUUGAUCGUCUCUGCAGCCGUGUCAGCUGGGAAAGGAACCAUCGAUGCUGGUUAUGAAAUCGCUGAGAUUGCAAAGUACUUGGAUUUUAUUAAUGUGAUGACAUACGAUUUACACGGAUCCUGGGAAACUGUCACAGGACAUCACAGCGCGUUAUACAAAGGGUCCCAUGACACCGGUGACAAUGUUUACCUAAACACUGACUUUGCCAUGAGGUAUUGGCGGGACAAGGGAACACCUGCAGAAAAGCUAAAUAUGGGAUUUGCUACAUAUGGACGGACAUUUAAACUGUCCACUGAAUCCAGUGGGGUUGGAGCGCCAGCAUCUGGCCCUGGAGCUGCCGCUGCUUUUACCAGGGAGGCUGGUUUCUGGUCCUAUUAUGAGAUUUGCUCCUUCCUUCAAGGGGCCAGUGUACACAUGAUUGAGGACCAGAAAGUUCCCUAUGCCACCAAACAAAAGGAGUGGGCUGGAUAUGACAACAGGGAAAGUUUUAACACUAAGGUAAGUUACAUGAAAACCAAUGGAUUUGGAGGAGCCUUUGUUUGGGCUCUGGAUCUGGAUGACUUUAAUGGACAGUUCUGUCGACAAGGAAAUUACCCCCUGAUCAGCCAUCUUCGCACUCUUUUGGCUUCUGACCUUCCUCCCCUUCCCACAGGAGGAACUUUACCAUCUGUAGUGACUCCAUCUACACCUCGACCAGCCACAACCACAGCCACAGCCACAACCACAGCCACAACCACAACACAACCACAACCUGCAGCUGACAACUUCUGUGCUACAAGGGCUGGUGGCAUUUAUGCAAAAAGUGAUGCCCCUGGCUCUUUUUACAGCUGUGCCAACGGCAUCACCUGGGUCCAGCAUUGUCCAGCUAAUUUAGUUUUUCGUGAAAGCUGCAAUUGCUGUGAUUGGCCCUAGACGUUUGCACAUUUUUAUCAAUUCAACAUACUGUAAUUAAUAGCAAUGAUGGAAAAAGCAAAUGCAUAGACAGUAUAUUAUAACUCCACAUGUCUAUAAAUGUAUCAAUAUAAUUGAAUACACUGCAAAAUGUAUUUAAGCUCUUGUUAUCACACUUCCUAAACAUCCCAUGAGUCAACCUAAUGUUGACAUUUGACAGGCAUUUAACAAGAAUUUAAUAAAUGAUUCAGUUCAUUAUUAA